AAAUGUUAAUGAGUAACUUGCUUUCUCUUUUAACUUUGGGGUAAUACACAAAAUAAACAUGUUUGAAUAGCAAGUUAUUAUUUUUUGUUUUUGAUUUAAAUAAAACGACAAAGACAUGGCCAGCACACCAAUUGAACGUUCAGGGAUUGUCCAAGAUGAGGCCACCGGUCAACUCUACAUUCCUGGCAGUCGAAGACCUGAUGGCACUUGGCGAAAACCAAGACGAGUAAAAGAUGGAUAUGUACCUCAAGAAGAAGUGCCUGUAUAUGAGUCCAAAGCGGCUCAGUUCCAGAAGAGCAAACCCAGUCUACCACCGGGCUUAAGCCCAGAUAUGGCAGCCCAAGCCUCCAACAGGAAGGUCCCUGUCGGGAUGCCAGCUGAACAAAUGUCCAAGACCGCCAAGAGAAACGCUCAAAGAAAAGAGAAAAAGAAACAUAAUCAACCACAUCCUGAAAAUGACUCUGGUAGCCUUCCUGUGCAGAAUAUUGCACAGCAGUUGGCCAGGGCUCAACUCAGUUCAAAUAAAAGUGGGGAGUCGGCAGGGGACAAGAGUGAACAUUUAAAGCAAGUCAGAAAGUUGAGAAAGAAGUUAAAGCAGAUAGAAGAGCUAGAGAGACGUAUUGCCUCUGGUGAUAUCAAGGAGCCUGAUAAAGAUCAGAUGGAGAAGAUGGCCAAGAAGCAAGCUAUAGUGGAGGAGAUGGAGGAAUUACAAGCAGAAAUGGAUGAUUGAGACCAUGCAUUGUCAGUCCUCCAGCUAGGCAUAAACGGGAGGGUGAAGCACCCCGCUGCCUUAAGGUGCCUCCCUGCCCCUUCAGAACCUCCCCAUGCACUUAUAUAAAAUCUAAUCAUGGUAUUAUACAGUCAAGUUUUAUUUGAAAUUAAAAUAAAUUUACUUAAUAUUUACAGUGAAAUAAAAAAAAAUAAUUUCAGAAACAAUAGUUUGAAUGAAUAUAUUCAACAUGAAAUAAAAUGGAUACAUAUAGCAUAUGCUGUUUUAAAAAUAUGCCACUGUGAUGAUUUGAUCGUGCAAGUUUAAGUGCCCUUUUGAUAACAAAGCACCCUGCCCUUUUUAAAUCCUAGCUGGGGCACUGCAUAUUUGUAAAUAAAAAACCAUUACAAAUUGCAGCGUAUUUCCUUACUAGUUUUGAUAAUGUACCCUCACCAGUGAAAUAUUUGGAAUUUAAUUAAUUUCAUCAAUACUUAAAUGUUUAAAAUAUUGCAUGUAAAAAAACUGUAAAAUCUGUUAAAUUAAAGUUCAAUAAGUUAAACAUUUAGUCAAUAAGUUUGGACAUAAUAAAAGCUUUGUUCUAGGAAACCUAGGUUUAAAGUGUGUGUAAAGAGUGGUACCAGAUUAGGGGACGAUGUUUUCCGCUUGUAUGCAUUUUUUGCGUAAAGGAAGUAUGUUCUAAACAUAAAUACAUUUAAGGCAUAAAGUGUCGUCCCUGAUUAGCACUGUAUAUGUAGAGGAAAAGCGCUGAUUUCUCAUUGAAUCAAUAUAACUAAGUAACACAUUUCAAAUAAGCUAUUUAAAUAUGUGGAUAUGAUUUAUCAUUUGUUACAUACCUUCAUGCUUUGUUUAAUAGGCAUCAUAGGAACUCAUUCAUUUGUUUGACUGCUCUUAAUUUAAAUUAAGAUUUUCAAGAAAUAAGAACAUGUUGAUUUAUAUUUUUAAUCAAUUAAAUGUUUUGCAUGUAUAUUUAUUUGAAAGGUACAUUAACAUUUAAGUGUAUCUAUUAUAUGAUAUUUUACAAUGUUACUAUGAACCAGUAUUUAUUUAUGGAUACUGUUUUAACUCUCAUCAAAUUGUCAAUAAUAACUUUGCUAUGAGAUAUGUAUCUGUAAUGAAAUAUGUCUGUAUUAAAAUUAACACAGUGAAAGUGUUACUACAGA